CGUCUGCCUUCCGCUUUGGGCAGAAGGAUAGACACACAAUGAGUAGACGAGGCUGGGUAGAAGCUCCACUAACGCCGCUGUAAAUAUAUCCAUCAUUCACUGAGGCCAGAGAAACAUGGAGAACCAGUGCACUGUGCAGGUAAAACUAGAGUUGGGCCACCGAGCUCAGCUAAGGAAGAAGGUGACAUCAGAAGGCUUCACCCACGACUGGAUGGUGUUUGUCCGAGGCCCAGAGACUGGUGACAUCCAGCACUUUGUAGAGAAGGUUGUCUUCCGCCUGCACGAGAGCUUCCCCAAACCCAAGAGAGUAUGCAAGGAGCCUCCGUACAAAGUGGAGGAGUCGGGCUACGCAGGUUUCCUCAUGCCUAUUGAGGUUUACUUCAAGAACAAGGAGGAGCCCAAAAAAGUGUGUUUCAACUACGACCUUUUCCUUAACUUGGAGGGCAACCCACCAGUCAACCACCUGCGCUGUGAGAAGCUCACCUUCAACAACCCCACCAAAGAAUUCAGGAGAAAGCUGAUCAAAGCUGGAGGGGUGUUGGUGGUCCCCGAGGGGGCGGAGGCCAUGUCAAGGCCAAGCCCAGACUACCCCAUGCUCCCCACCAUCCCCCUCUCUGCCUUCUCAGACCCCAAGAAGACCAAGACCUCUCACGUGUCAAAGGAACCCAGCAAAGAAGGAAGUGGAGGCAGCAGCAAAGGACCCAAACCACACAAGUUAACCAAGGAGCACCGAGAGCGGCCACGCAAGGACUCUGAGAGCAAAGCUGCUUCAAAAGGAGACAACGAUAGAGACGGAAGCAGCAAGCCUGGCCGCGAUCCUUCCUCUUCCUCGUCUUCAAAAAAGCCGUCAGACAUCAAAGUGAAAGAUGAAGUAAAGGUCCUCCCCAAGGCGGCCUUCAAGGAGCCUAAAAUCACACUGAAGGACUCAAAGAUGGAGGGAAUGUCUCCGAAAGGAGGGGGGGCCGGGCCGCCGGAGCCCAAAGCACCGGGGAAACGACCGUCCACGGUGGAGUCUCCCAAACCGAGCGCUAAGAAGCAGAAGAAGGCCAGCUCCGAGGGGCCGAAGGGGCCCACCGGCAGCGGGGCCUUCACAGGAACCUCCCCCCGUGUAUCGUCCUCGUCCGCAGCAAACCAGUCGUACGCUGAGAAGAAGCCUCCGAAGGAGAAGGGUCGCUGGUUCCCAAGCAAAAACGACACGCAGGAACUGAAAGAGGCCAAGAAACUACAAGACUCAGAAGAGUCGAAUUCAGAGGAUGAAGCAUCGUCAAAAUCAGAGCCGUCGGUUCCCUCCAGUCCUUCCACUCAAAGCUCCAGUUCAGAUUCCAGUUCAGACUCUGACUUUGAGCCGGGACAGAAACAAGGACAAGGCCCCCUGCGAUCCAUGGUGGAGGAGAUCCAGUCUGAAGAGUCCGAUGAUGAUGACUCCACCUCAGAGGAAGAAACGCCCAUCAAAACCAACCCACCUAACCGCGACUCUCGACUCAGCCUGGACAGCGAGAGCGACAGCAGCGACGGCUCCCACCGCCCCAGUCGAGACCCCGCCCCGCCCCCACAGAAACACAGCUCCUCCAAUAACAAAGUGUCUGUCCGAAAAAGCCCAGAUUCCUCGUUUCGCUCGGAGAAGGUGAUGAAGAAGGGAUACGACAAGGCCUACACAGAAGAACUGGUGGACCUCCACCGCAGACUGAUGGCAUUAAGGGAGCGUAACGUCCUGCAGCAGAUCGUCAACCUGAUCGAGGAGACGGGCCAUUUCAAUGUGACCAACACCACCUUUGACUUUGACCUCUUUUCACUGGACGAGUCCACCGUCCGCAAACUACAGAGCUACCUGGAGGCGACCACGUGACAGGAAGUGGAAGCCGGCCCGCGGAUGGCGGAGGCGGCCUCGUCGCUGCGUCUGCUCUUUCGAGAGGAGACGGGUAGCUGGAUCUGUCGCAGCUCUUUCGUGGGACUGACUGAACCUUCGAACAAGCACACACGAAGACACAACUCCACCACCUACGCUCGACGCCGGGGAGAGAACUGGAGGAGGAGCAGCGGGAGGCGUGGAAGGAGACGCCGGAGCGGCAGAACUCCGUCUGCAGUCAGGAUUUUCACUACCCAUCUCUCGUCUCGAGUCCGUGCAGUGGUGUGGAAUUCACCCCACAACCCCUCCUCCACCCUCCUGCACCCUCAUUGCUCCCGCCUCUGCAAACCUAAUACUUCCCCCUCCUCCUCUUCCUCCUCUACAUGCACACUCCUUACUCGGCAGAACACUCCGAUUCUUCCCCCCCACCCCCGUUGUCAGCUGGAGCUCAUUUCUCUCUCGACAUACUCUUGAGGUGUGUGUGUGUGUGUGUGUCCGAGCACUGCUGAGGUUUAAGGGGAGAUGUUGUCUUUGUGGUCACUGACUUCUCUCUGUUUGCUUGAACACAAACAGCCAGUUUGAUUCUUCCCCCGAGCAUACACCAACAUAUAAAGAAUUAAGGUAGCACUUUACUUUAUUAGCCACCUGUUUAACAUUAAUAGGCACAUAAACCUCAAACAAAUGGAUUGUGACACACUAUAAUGUAGUUGUAAGCAGAUGCGUGUUUCCUCGUGUUAUCAUAUUGAUCAGAGUUUAGGAGUUAAAGCCCAUAAAGACUUUUAGUUCUUCUUGUUUUAAGAGGUUUUCAUGCAUGAAGCAGUUUUAGGAGCAAAAUGACGAGCUUUCAUUUUCUUCUUCUCUUGUUUUCCUCUCACACGUUACUCAGAGCAGUAAAAGAUUCACUUACUGAAAAUACUACUAACGUGGUUUGGGCAAGGGUUGCAGGUGUGAUGCCGGCUCAGUCGCGGC